UUGUCGGUCUAUAUUUACACAUCGCCACAAGUGUCGACGAGAUAAACGGCAGGAGGAUGCAUCCUGUCGGAUUCUGCGCGUGGUCCUGCUAAAAUGGCCGCCAGUCCGGAUGACGUUUCGAGUGUUGUGCGAUCUCUGUGACCGGCUAAUCGUUCCCGAAAUGGACCAGAGAUGAAAUUCGUUCGUUAUCGGAAGUACAGGAGGAAAAAAUGAAGUCGGGACUCGUUUGGUUUGUCCUGAUUGUCCUGAACUACGAGACGGUAGCACAUGGUGGCGAGACACAACACAGGACGAAAGCGGCGACCGAAAAGCAACACGACCUCUGGUGUUACAAGUGCGAUAAUUUCAACGACGGCGACCGAUGUCUCGACCUCCAGGGGAAUCACACCUCCAUGCACACCAAGUGCACCAAGGAGCAGAAGAAAUGUCAGGUGCGCAGGAUCUCGAUGUCGACCAGCACCGACGAGAUAAUGGGCAAACCGAAGCUCUGGCUCCUGCAACGUAACUGUUCCGAAACCUGCGAGCCUGGCUGCAUCGUCAUCGGUGAAAGGACCAAAUUGCAUUCCUGCAUCACAUGCUGCGACGAACACAACUACUGCAACGCCGGCAGCGGCGCCGCGCCGCCCAUGCAACCUGCCCUGCCCGUUUUCUGCCUUUCUUUGGGGGCGACGAUUAUCCUUCGAUUCCUUUCAAUAUCAGUGUUCAAUUCGUUUUUGAUUUAACAUGGUUAUGUGUUUAGAUUUUAAAUUUUGUUGAUCAAUUACGGGAGUUUAAGGCAAUUUUUGAAUUGUGUUUGUUGGUGUGUUAUGUUUGUUAAAUGAAAGACCAAAAUAUUUGUAACGAUUAGGUUAAGGAAUAAAACGAUUUAAUAAA